CGCCACUUCGAGCUGUCGAACCCUUUUGUUCUUGAGCGACGGCGCAACUCAACAUGGAAAUGUUUCUUCCAAAUUGGGUGGGUCUCAAUGUGCCUACGGCCUAUCCUGAUGGGUACCGUAUAAGGAAUGCUCACGAACGUGAAUAACAGCUCACCAUUCAGCGUUUUUUUCUCUUUCCGUCUUCUGUGUUUGUCUUUUUUCAAUCAAACGGUUUGAAUACCGAACCAGGAAAAUCGACGAUCCUGCGUCUCUCAGUGCUCAUCCUCCUGUCUCGAAACUCGCUCCCCAUCUUCUGUUCCUCCUCGCCAAUCACGCUCCUUCGGUGAACUUCCCGCUCUCCAUAUUCUUGCAUGGCGUCAUAUUCCUCAGGUUUCCGAUGCUCGCCUCGUCCCAUUACUGGCACGCGCUUAACCGAUUGGCGCGGUGUGCGCUCGCUGCUUGACGACAAUCUAUCAGAGCAUGGUCACCCCACUGCGACUGUCCAUCGAGGCCCAGAUCACCAGUGCUAUUGCCAAGACAUCUAGAGAAACAUGUUGGGGGCUUCUACGCCGUUCUUUGCUCAGCUGUCUGUUGUGAGAAAUGCAGCCAACCACGAUCGGCGGAUAGCUCACGAAUUUUUCGCGUUGACAUGGCGAUUGUGCGCGCUCUCGCCGAAGAAGUCGCUCGCAUUCGAGGCGGAAUGGACUCCUGCGGGCAGAGUGUCCAAUUUGCGUUCGGUACUACCAGGAGACUCGAGGAGAUAACUGUUGCGCCCGCCUGGACUCAUUCGCGACAGUGUUCUGGAACUGUAAACGGCAAGGCUCCUGCUGCAGUUCAUGGUCUGUGUUUGUCCGCAAGCCUCCUCAGAACAGAAUCUCGAUGGCUGUUUCGCUCUCCCACUUUGUCGUCGAGGUGACCAUGUAUCGGCCUUCGAAACGGUGUCCGCACGCCGCAACACUAGCACUACCGUGCCGCCAAAUGGAGCCCGAUUCGCAGAACAACCCGACGGAAGCAGUGGACGAGGCUGGCUCGGGCCAUCAGAUCAAAGAGAGCGCGACAGGAUAUGCGAGUUCGAUGCGGCCGUCACUUUGCCAAUAGCAUUGCGCCCGUAGCUGCGAUCCGAACACUUCGAUUCCCUUGUGUUGUUCGAGACCGCAUCCCGGAUUCCUCUUCCGGGAGGAAUCAUGGCCGACUACAUGCUCAAUUUAAUCAGUUGCAUCCCGGAGAGACCGUCUCGACCGAAGUAAAUGGACUCAUUGAUGUACC